GAUGGUGAAAUGCCAUCUGCUCAGAGUUCGGCUUCAGCCUCUGAUACUGGUGAUGACCGCUCGCAGACACCACCGGCUGGGACACCGCACAAACGACUGCUGGAACUCAGUCCAAACCCAAGACAGAGGCUCGUCUCUGAACCUACUACGCCAAAUCGCCAAAGUCUCUUGCGAAACGGUGCCAAUACACCUGGAAGUUUGUUGAGGCGUGGACAUACGCCUCGAGGCGAAUUGAUGACAGUCGACGAAGGAGAAGGCAAGAGCCCUGCUAAUGGUUCUGCCAAGAAGUCUAGGACACCUAUUCCUUUGGAAUUCUUGAAUGCGGACCCACAUCCGUCUGCUCAUGUAGACGAAUCGGAUGCUAGUGCGGGAUCUCCAUCUCUCGCAACUUCUUCCGGUACUCUUGGUGGGCCAGACAGCAGAACAUCGCGUCGACCGCGCCCACCGGGUUUGCGAAAUUCCUAUGAUCGAUGGGGAGAGUCGUACGACAAGUGGGAGAAAUCACAAAUGGAGCGGCAGGAGGACAGCCCAGCGGACACUGAUUCGUCCAUGCAACAACAACAAAGACGUGGACUUUGGAGUGUAGUCAAUGAGAGCCUGAAAGCUGCAGGUCUUACUCCGACCAGUGCGACCAGUGUGACAAGCGGAACUUCGAGCAUGCGUCGAAAAGCCGAGGACGAGGGUGCACGACCAAGAAAAUUGAGUACUGGUGUACUGGGACGUGACGUGUUUGCAAAUUCACCAAUGUCCUCAGUUCGAGAGAGGAAUUGGGAAUCGAUGGAUUUGACAAAGGCCCGAUCGUCAACAGAAAAGGAAAGACCGCGGUCCAGAAUCUCUCCUGAAGAUCAAGAUUCACGUUCAGACAUUGACAGUCUUCGAGAUCGCGUCAACCGACAUCCAUUCUUCUCCCCCAACGUCCGCGCAACUCGCACUAUUCACAAUGUUCUCGGUCACCCCGAAGAUAGUGCUAGUACGAACGGAGUCGAUAUUGCUGAUGGACGGGAAACUCCUGCGAACCUUCGAAUAUUCAAGUCAAACUACUCGAGUCAAUUUACUUCUAGCCCUAUGAUGAAGAGCUACACUUCUCCUAGCGGCACUCAACGGACACUCCCUCCUCGUGCUGCCACCGUUGCCAACCUGAGUACUGGAAGUCCCAAGGUUGGUACGAAUGGUAGCCCCAUGAGUGCUGUCAACACCUCUUCUGGUAACCUCUCUACCAGUGGAGGCCCGGUGCAACUUCUUCAAGACGCCUUGUUCAUGUUCGAGUCGCAUGUACAACGUCUCCCCCAAAGUUCAGCGAUGCCCGAUACAUUUAACGAUGUCCUACGAGAUGCCAAGGGAAUCGUGCAUGCAGCCUCGUCCCUCAACAUUGCAUUGAGGUCUGCUGCUACUAUCUGUGUAGACGAGCAAAUCGAUGCCGAGGUAGAAGCUCAAGCGGCAAAUGCUACCAAAGAAGGCAGUUCACCCUCUGAGAUUGCCGAGGUUUGGCGAAAAGUUGGAGCCGAGUUCCGGGAGGAUGUGAGAGCAUCGGAUGAACUUGUGCGUGCAUUGACUAGCUUCAUGAUUGGUACUGGUCGCAUGCUUCGAACUGCCAGUUCCGCCAAUCAUAACCGAAUGAAGAGCAUUGGCGACAAUGCGAGCACAGUUGGUAGUGUAUCAAGAGCAGGUGGUACCUCGCUUUCUCGAGGUACUAGCUUGGUUCGCGGCGUAGGUGGUGGCAGCAGUGAUGGACGUCGUAGC